GGGGAAGUUCUCGCGUGAACAUCCUGCAGAGAGUGGACAGAAGUCUCUAAAGCCCUCAGAGUUGUCAACAAAUCUCUGCGAAGUGUUAUAUUCACAUUUGCACACGAAUACCCCGAUGCGCUUGUUUUUACAUGCAGCAGAAGCACUUCAUUCGUGUUCACAGUCUCGCCAUUUAGUCCUCGGUUGAAGUUUCGGAUUGUUUUCUCUCAUCUGUGUCGCUUAGCUGGUUAGCGUAGCUCCCACAGCCGCCCGGAUGCGCUGAAGCCCCGCAGCUUUAGCUUCAGCAGCUCUGGCCUUCCGACGUGCACAAGCGGCUUCAGUCAUGUCAGGCGCACGGCAGCAGCAGCAGUCCGGCGGCACGCCGGGAUCCGUUCCCGGAACGAGCUCUGGAAGUACGAGCAGCGGGAGCGGCGGGGCGCAGAACGGGAGCAGCUCGGGUAACGGAGUGUCCUCGCGGACUUUAGGCACAGGAGCCGAGGGGCAAAGCGCUCGGCAGGGUUUAACUAGCAGGAAAAGACCCCUUUAUAACGGUCUUAUCAAUCCUUAUGAGGACAAGAGUAAUGAUUUUGUAUGCCCUAUAUGUUUUGAGAUGAUAGAGGAAGCUCACAUGACAAAGUGUGGCCACAGUUUCUGUUAUAAAUGUAUACGACAGAGUUUGGAAGACAGCAACAGAUGUCCAAAAUGUAAUUAUAUAAUUGACAAUGUGGAUCAACUAUACCCCAACUUUUUAGUAAAUGAACUAAUCCUAAAACAAAAACAGAGAUCGGAGGAGAAGCGUCUGAAACGGGACCAUCCUAAUGGAACCAAAUGGCAGGUUUUCCAGGACGUCCUUGGCGCAGAUCAGGAGAAUAUGGAUUUAGCGAAUGUCAACUACAUAUUGGAGUACCUGUUGCAAAAAAAGAAACAACUGGAGGCGGAAUCACAAGCCGCCCAGCGCCAAAUCUUGAUGGAAUUUCUGAAAGAAGCCAGACGAAACAAAAGAGAGCAACUGGAGCAAUUACAAAAAGAACUCAACUUCUUAGAAGAGGAUAUCAAAAGAGUUGAGGAAAUGAGUGGGAUGUACUCACAAGUGAGUGACAUGGACCCCAAUUUAGACAGCACUGUUCCCCAGUUUGAAGCUCCCUCUCCUGCACCCAGCAGUAGCAUAAUAGACCCCGCCGAAUACAUUCAACCCCCUUUUGGUGCAAGCUCACAGGGUAAAAGGCAGACGUGGUACAACAGCACUCUUGCAUCACGGCGGAAGCGGCUGACCGCACACUUUGAGGAUCUGGAGCAGUGUUACUUCUCCAAUAGGAUGUCUAGAAUAACAGAUGACAGCAGGACUGUUAACCAGCUAGAUGACUUCAUGGAGUGUUUAUCAAAAUUUACCCGUUACAACUCUGUGAGGCCUCUGGCCACCCUUUCAUACGCUAGUGACCUCUAUAAUGGCUCCAGUAUUGUGUCCAGCAUUGAGUUUGACCGCGACUGUGAUUACUUUGCCAUUGCCGGUGUCACUAAGAAAAUUAAAGUGUUUGAGUAUGGAACUGUGAUCCAGGAUGCUGUGGACAUUCAUUAUCCUGUCAACGAGAUGACAUGUAACUCUAAAAUAAGCUGUAUCAGCUGGAGUAGCUACCACAAAAAUCUGUUGGCCAGCAGUGACUAUGAAGGCACUGUCAUUCUGUGGGAUGGGUUUACAGGACAGAGGUCUAAAGUCUACCAGGAGCAUGAAAAGCGAUGUUGGAGUGUGGAUUUCAACCUCAUGGAUCCUAAGCUCUUAGCGUCAGGAUCAGAUGACGCAAAAGUCAAGUUGUGGUCCACUAACCUGGACAAUUCAGUAGCCAGCAUUGAAGCGAAGGCCAAUGUAUGCUGUGUCAAGUUUAGCCCGACCUCUCGCUAUCACCUUGCCUUUGGUUGUGCAGACCACUGUGUUCACUACUAUGACCUGAGAAACACUAAGCAGCCCAUCAUGGUAUUUAAAGGCCACAGGAAAGCAGUGUCAUACGCCAAAUUUGUCAAUGGGGAAGAGAUUGUCUCUGCUUCAACAGACAGUCAGCUAAAACUCUGGAACGUGAACAAGCCCCACUGCCUGCGCUCUUUCAAAGGACACAUCAAUGAGAAGAACUUUGUGGGUCUGGCAUCUAAUGGAGAUUAUGUAGCAUGUGGAAGUGAAAACAACUCGCUAUACCUUUACUACAAGGGGCUCUCCAAGACGCUUCUCACUUUCAAAUUCGACACUGUGAAAAGUGUCCUAGACAAGGACAAAAAGGAGGACGACACCAAUGAGUUUGUCAGUGCAGUUUGUUGGCGAGCACUACCUGAUGGGGAGUCAAAUGUGCUGAUUGCAGCCAACAGUCAAGGAACAAUCAAGGUACUUGAGCUGGUCUGAAGGUCCACUUGAAUCGAAUUGGAAGCUUUUAAUGAACUGCUGCUUUACUGGCAGUUUGUUGAAAUGGGGCUAAAGCUUGGAGCAAACAUUUCCAAGAAGCAACCGGCAGAACUGGUUUUUAUCAGCAUUAUAUUUGUAAAGGACUUGAUCAUUCUGCAUCGUCAUACUAUCGUUGUAUGUAAGGACCUGUUUGUGCUAACGGGGGCUGGUGGUGAAUGCCUCUUUUUGACAAAAUUUUCUGAAUAAAGGUUUUGACAGAUAAAGUUAUUGCACAUCUUUGAAUGUGGAGGGAAAGAAGCGUUUUGAAAUGAAACCCGCGUUAAACCUUUACAAGAGAUCAUUCUAGCCAGACCGAGACCUACGAGACAUUUAAGGCCAAAGCACAAGACCAUAACACAAUGAAAUACUUUUUGUUGUAUAAAUUAGCAGAUUAUUUUUGAGCCUGAUGUAUCCAUAUAUGUUUUUCAUACACCGUGUCUGUAUAUCCCUAAGAUAUGUAUGAGCUUUGGCAUAUUCCAGUGGCCUUCCCCAAUGGAAUUACUGAACCGUCUUUAGCUUUUGUUUUUUGUUGGUUACGUGGACAUUCUUAUAUUUAAAGUAUACAUAAUUUGAUAUUCCAAUUUACUUAUCGUAUGUCCCACAAAGUCUCCAUGACCUCCAAGAUUUUUUGCAAUCUCCAUGGCUGUUUGGUCACACAUUUUCUAGCGUGGCCUAAAUGAUAACUCGUCAAAUCUUAAUGACACUAUGUAUACAUCAUUGGGAUUAUUUAACAUCACAACCGUAACGUUGCUGCUCUCUCAUCUUUUAGUUCUUCUACAAGUGUUAUUUAUUUUGAAUAAUUUAUAGAUAUUAUGUAAACAUUGGACCCGUAAUAUCCUAGGUCUCAAGCUUUAUUCAUAAGUCCUAUGUUGCAACCCAGUUACUCUGUUUAUUAUUUACCAAUUUUAACACGUUUAUUUAAAUGAAUAAAUGAUUCUUUUUCAUCGGUUA